UUUUCCGAUCAAUAAAACCCUUCCUAAACCUCACGGUCACUACGGAGGAGACGUCCGAAAGCUCUCUGUUCUUCGUCUGGAUAUUGAAUGGCUCUUGACUUGAACAGCUCCUGUCUUUUGCCAUCGAGAAAAUCUCACGGCCGUUUCAUUCAUUCUCACACCUCGAAAUUCAUCGUCUCUUACAAAUCUCUUAAUCCUAUGGCUUCCUUCAAACUUACUCAGACCGUUGGAAUCUCAGAAACGUUCUCCAGACUGAAAAAGCAGGGGAAAGUGGCUUUGAUACCUUAUAUUACUGCUGGUGAUCCUGAUCUAUCAACAACAGCAGAAGCACUAAAAGUUCUUGAUUCUUGUGGCUCAGACAUAAUUGAAUUGGGUGUUCCCUACUCUGAUCCUCUGGCAGAUGGCCCAGUUAUCCAGGCUGCAGCUACACGUGCUCUAGCAAAAGGAACCAACUUCAAUGCCAUUAUUUCCAUGUUGAAGGAGGUGGUCCCUCAAUUAUCCAGCCCAAUUGCAUUAUUUUCAUAUUACAACCCAAUACUUAAGCGUGGUGUUGAGAAUUUCAUGGCUACCAUAAGAGACGUCGGAAUACAUGGUCUAGUGGUGCCAGAUGUUCCUUUGGAGGAGACUGAAAUUCUGAGAAAGGAGGCCGUUAAAAAUAAUAUUGAAUUAGUUCUGCUCACAACACCCACUACUCCAACGCAUCGAAUGAAAGCCAUUGUUGAAGCUUCCGAAGGAUUCGUAUACCUUGUGAGCUCAACUGGAGUUACUGGUGCCCGUGCAUCCGUAAGUGGAAAAGUUCAGUCUCUUCUCCAGGAAAUUAAAGAGGCGACAGCUAAACCUGUGGCCGUGGGCUUUGGUAUAUCAAAACCAGAGCAUGUGAAACUGGUAUCAGGAUGGGGAGCGGAUGGAGUGAUUGUUGGAAGUGCUAUGGUGAAGAUAUUAGGUGAAGCAAAGUCUACAGAAGAAAGGUUGAAGGAUCUUGAAACCUUUACCAGAUCCUUGAAGGCUGCACUCCCUUAAAGAGAGGCUUUUGUAGAACCAUAACCAGGAAAUUUUCUUUCUUUCAUGGUUAUUAUUCAUCACACUACACAUGGCAUACUUGUAUGACAAUCCAGACCAUCCAUUCGUGGGGCCUGUUAUGGAUGAACAAAUCUUUGAGCUAAUAAUGAUCGGAUGUUCUUCUCAUUUGAUUUCACCUAUUCAAUUUGGACGGCUGGCCAUUAUAUUUUUAACUGUCCAGAAUCAUUCAAUCACUCUGAUUUUCUGGCUAUGAUCCAUCCACAUCCCCGGGAUUUGGACAGUCUAGAUUUCCAUACAUGCAAGCCAUUUUGCAGUGGUUGAAAUCACCGCAAAUUCUGAAAAGGAUCUUUGUUCUUUUCUUAGACAUUUAGAUGCAGCUAGAUAGGAUUUCGAAUUCUGUAGUGCUUCCAAAGGCUGCCCUCUUCCUCAUGUCUUCCCCCUCCGAUUUGAAUUUCA